AUGGGUUCUAAAGAAGUUGAAUUGAAGUAUAUACGAGAAUCUGGACAAUUAUAUUUCCAAAAAAUAAAGAUUCUACAAAGAAUAUUUUUAAUCUCAUCUUUUAACAGAGGUAAAGUUUCUUUCUAUUCUUAGACUUCAAAAUAUUAUAUGAAUGAAAUAGAUGAUAAAUUAAAUUUAACUACUACAGAGUUUAUAAAUUGGGCAAAUUCCACUUUCAAAUUGGAAUAGGAUAUGUGUUUGGAAUGCUAUCCAAUUAGUUAUUAAGCAUUAAAAAAUAAAUUAAAAAUGAUACUAGUCAAUAAUCAAGCAGCUAGAUUAAUCGAUUCGCCUACAGGACUAGGUUAUAUGUUAAAAUAUGACUAGACUGAUGAAUUAAAAUUAUUAUUCAAAUUCCUAAUUCAAAAUAAGGAAUGCAUAAUUUAUAUAUCCAAAUAUUUUGAAUAAAAAGGAUAGCUUAUAAAUAAUUCAUUUGAAAAUUAAGAAUAAAUAGAAUAAUAAAAAAGUAAUUAUUUAAAUUUAUUUAAUUUUUAGAUGAAGCUGAACUCUAUUUCACGAAUAUAUUAUUAUUAAUGGAAAAAGCUUAAGAUAUUUUUUUAAAUUAAUUGGAAAAAGAACCCGAUGUUUAAAGAUUAUACAAAGAAGCAUUAAUGUAUUUGGUAAAUAAACAUGAAAAAUCUCCAAAAUUGUUAGCCAUAUAUAUUGAUAUCAUUAUAAGAAGAGAGAAAGGAGGAAUGGAAAUAGAAAGUGAUAAAAGGUUGACCUAAAUUGUUUCUCUCUUUAAAUUACUUUAUCAACGAGAUAUUUUUUUUAACCAUUAUUACAAACUAUUAUCCAAAAGAUUGCUCAAUCAAUAGAUUUAAAAUCUCUAUUUAGAGAAGUAACUUAUUUAAAAAUUCAAAGGUGAAGUUGGUACAAAUGUUCUGUAAUAUUUUUAAUUAUUCUUAGAACAAAAUUAUCUACCAUGAUUUAAGAUAUUGAAUUAUCAAAUAGAUUUAACAUUGAUUAAUCAAUCAGCAAAAAUAUGCAAUUUGACUUAAAUGUGGUUUUGCUUACUGAUGGGUGUUGGCCUAUUACUAAUAUUUAAGAUAAUAUCAUUAGGCCACUUAAAAUUUAGAAUAUUUUGGAGUUUAGAUUUACUUAUUGUUUUUUAGGAAUUACGAAAAAAUUUUUGAAGAUCAAAACAAAGGAAGAAUACUAGAAUGGUACUUUAAUUUGGGACAGGGAGAAUUGAUAUAUAAAAUGUAAACAGAAAAAUACUUCUUGAAUGUGAAUACAUGUAAAUGAUUGCUUUCCUUUAAUUCAAUAAAGCAGAUUCAUUCUCUAUCAAAUAAAUCUUAGAUAUGACUAAUAUUGAGAAGUAAAUUUUAGAAAAUUCAUUGAUCCCUUUUGUUUGUAUGAAGAUAAUAACGAGAGAAAAAUAGGACAUUGAAGAUUUUUCAGAUGAAAAUGAAGUUCUAAAAUUAAACAUGAGUUUCACAAAAAGGNUUUUAAUAAUAACUAAUAUUAGAUGGAGAUUAUGA